AUGUCGAGGCGAGCUCAAGCAACGGCCGAUCAUGACCCCCCGACGGCGGGCGACCUGUGGGAGAAGUUGGACGAGCUCGACAACGCCGACUGGUGGAGGGACACCGAGGAAGAGGACCGCGCGUUUAGGAAGUACGUCGAGGACGACAUCGCCAAACGCUGGCAUACGAGACCACAAGACUCGUCGCCAUCGGCAGGCAACACCUCGGUCCUCGAAGCUCCGGCAGGGCAGACCGUUCCGUCAUCGUCCCCAAACGAGCCAGAAAACACAACGACGGCUGCCUUCCCUACCCCGACCUACGCGAACCAGCUCGCGUCAGCACCUUCACCGUCGGAUGGCAUAUCUGGGCUCCCAGAGGUGACGCCCUUACGAGCACGCGCCCUCGCGUACACCCAGGCGCCGACGCCGACCGUCUCGACACCUUCCCUCCGCCCGCGGCUCCCCGCCCCGCCAACCGUCACAACGGCUCCGACUGUGGCGACGGCCGCGACGUCCAGCAAGACCUUUGCAACCCCACCCAACGUUGCCACUCCCUCACAGACACCACGCGUGCCCGAUAGCGUGGGCCAAGGGCGGCGCGACGACCCCGCCACUCCGGUGCCCCUCGGUGCCGCAAUCGAAGGCAAGCGCAACUAUCAGCAGCUCACCAAGCAUUUCGAGGACUUCAGCAAGGCCCUCAAGGACGUCGCUGUCCCUCCUCCAACUCGUGGUCGCGGACGCGGGCGUGGUCUAGGGCGCUCGGGUUCGCGAGCCCCUUCUCUCCUCGGGCUCGGUGGCACCAUCUUCAAGGGUCUGCGGUUCUGCAUCCCACCCGAGACCAACCAGGUCAAUAAGCACAAGCAGCGCUGGGAUAUUAUAUCCAAACUCGGCGGCGAGGUCGUUCUUCAACCUGAUACGGCCAUCACCCACGUCAUCUAUGACUCUGGGAGGUCGGCUGCCGUCCUCGCGCGCGAGCUCGGCAUCGAGUCUCUCACGGAGCUACCGGAGGGAACGAUGUGCGUCAAGUGGGAGUGGGUGGCCCAGUGUAAGAUGGCAGGCAAGGUUCUGGACGCCACCGCGUGGCUCAGCUUUCCUCGCACAACCUUCACUCGGACUGUAUCUGUGGGCGCAGCACAGUCGCGGAUCACAGACACCACUCAAAAGCUGAGAGGCAGUUCUGGCGUCGUUACUCGAAAGCGCGCUGCUAGAAGCGAUUCGGAGAGCGAGUCCUCGGAGCGCCGCCAAGCUACUAAAUUCGCGUUCCGCCCCGUCUUGCCAACGCGGUCCACUGUAGCUGCGGCUCCUCCUGUCGUUCCAAAAACUCGGACCACCGUGGGCACAAGACACUCGAUCACCCCGGGCCCUGGUUGGGUCGAGCCACAGGCCGGUGAGGAAGACGGCCUGGACGUCAUGAUUGUUGGCCUGAGGAACGGCAGCAUCGAAGAUGAGGAUGAUGAAGCAGGGGAAUCUGACGCAGAGCCCUCAGACGAGGAGCCGGGCAACCCCAAUCCAUGGGCUGAUAGGUUCAAGUGCGGGCAGAAACACGAUGGUUCAGCUGCGACCGGUCCGAACGAGUGGCUUGCCAAGCAGUUUGACGAUCUACAUUCCAAAUACGAGGCCAUGCCAGGGAAGAAUGAGUUUGCCAUCCGAGGAUAUCAAAAGACUGCUGGCAUCCUUCGUCGCACGACCUAUGCCAUCACCAGUGGAGCCCAAGCGAAGAAGAUCAAAGGGAUCGGCGCCAGCAUGGCUGAUAGGAUUGACGAGUUCCUCACCGGGGCUCAAGGGCGGGCUUACUACGAGGACAAUGAGAAGGCACGUACCAUGGCCGUGUUCCACAACGUCUAUGGUGUAGGCAAGAAACACGCACACGACCUGUGGCAGCAAGGAGCACGCUCGUUGGACGAUCUGAGGACCAAGGACUUUGGCCUGACUGAAGGGCAAAUGGUGAGCUCCAAUGUGGCGGUUCCCUUGUUGACUCUACAGCUCGGAGUAGAGCUCUACGAGGACUUGAACACCCGUAUCUCUCGGGACGAGUGCAGACAGAUCUUUCAAAAGAUCCGCGAAGCAGCCCUCGCCAUCGACCCCGAUGUCUGGAUCGAGAUUAUGGGCAGCUAUCGUCGUGGAGCUGAAUCGUCGGGCGAUGUGGACAUUCUCAUCACUCGCAACCCAUCAGACGGCAUCACACACGUAGGCGUACUCAAGCGCCUCCUUGCUUCGCUACACACGAGCGGCAUUCUGACGCAUGACCUUACCACGCCGAGCGACUACUCUGCACUCGAGUCCAAGUGGAUGGGAGUUGGCCGCAUUAGCCCAACGGCUAAGUACCGACGCAUCGACAUCCUCACGAUCCCUUACGACCAGUGGGGUGCAGCAUUGAUCUACUUCACGGGGAAUGAGGUUUUCAACCGCAGCCUGCGCCUUUAUGCCAGGAAGAAGGGCUUCUCGCUCAAUCAGCGUGGCCUAUAUCGCGGCAUCAUCCGCGAUCGCAAGGGGGAGAAGAUGACGGAGGGCGAGAUCAUUGCCUCGCGCACCGAGCAAGAUAUAUUUGACGUUUUGGGUAUCAGGUGGAGGCCUCCGCAUGAGCGCCGUCCAUGA